GUCUCCAUAAUAUAGACUGUAAACAAUAGUGAAUGUUAUUGGUGGGGCCUCAAGUGGUUGUGCAGUUGUGUUGAUAUCCAGUUGUGUUGUUGUGUUACGGAUCAAGUUGUGUUGUUGUGUUCCUGCUGGUUGUGUUUGUGAUACCGCUGAGUAAUCAAGUGAGACAAUCAAAAAACAUGUAGGCUAUGCAAAUACAACAAAUACUAACUUUUGGGAAAAUUACAUUAUGAAAAAAUUGUUGAUCAAGUGCUCAUGAUGAGUAUAUUGAGUGAUGAAGUCAACUUUUUGGUGUAUAGAUAUCUUCAGGAAUCAGGUUACCAACACUCAGCAUACUCAUUUGGUAUAGAGAGCCAUGUGGUGCAAUCGAAUAUAAAUGGCUCAUUAGUACCUCCAGGUGCAUUGGUGAAUAUUUUACAAAAAGGAAUACAAUUUAUUGAAGGAGAACUUUGUAUAAAUGAUGAUGGUAGUUUGAUCGACAACUUAGAUUCGUUAGGUAACCUGCCAUUGAUAGAUGCUGUUAUUCCAGAAUCCUUAGCAGAUAGAGCAGCUUCAAUGUAUAGAUUAAUAUCACAAAGAACAGAAAUAAACAAAAAAAUUAUGCCACAAGCAAUAAACCAAACCAAACAAAAUACGGACGGUGAAAUUAUUUUUAAUGGACAUAAAAGUGAGGUGUUUAGUUGUUCUUGGCAUCCAUCAUGCACAUAUUUAGCUACUGGAGCUGCAGAUGGUAUUGUUGGUGUUUGGUCCAUGGAUACUGAUCAUAGUGACAUGAUGGUGCUGGACCAUAGCUUGGAUGUGGGUGUUAAGAAUCAAUCUGCUGAUAUAACUAGCAUAUGUUGGCAUCCAGAUGGACAUUAUCUUGCCACAACAUCAGCAUUAGAUUAUAGUGUAAGAAUCUGGGAAAAAGCUGGGAACUUUGUCACAUCAUUGGCAGGACACAAUGAUUUGGUACUAACAUUAAAGUGGAACAAGGCAGGAAACUUUCUGCUUAGUGCAAGUUUGGAUAAGAAAUGUAUCACAUGGAAAACUGAAAACUGGCAAAAUCUCCAAGAAUUUCAGUGCCAUACAGGUCCAAUUGUAGACACUGACUGGCAAAGCAACGUAAUUUUUGCCAGUUGUUCGACUGAUGGCACGAUAUGUGUUUCCCAAGUUGGUAGUGAAGAUGCUGUCAAAAAUUAUAUUGGACACACAGACGUAAUCAAUAGUAUAGAGUGGGAUCCUUCUGGUACAAUUCUUGCUUCCUGUUCUGAUGAUAGAUUGAUAAAAGUACGUCUAGGUCAACUUUGGAACCUGAAACAGACUAGGGCGCUUUGUGAUUUAUCUGGACAUACUAAAGAAGUAACUCAAGUUAGAUGGAGCUCAAAGCGGCUUUUAGCGAGUGCGAGCUAUGAUACAAGUGUUAGAGUUUGGGAUGCUGAGCACGCAGUAUGCUUGUAUACGUUGACGCGGCAUGUAGAACCCGUUAACUCGAUAUCCUUUCAUCCGGAUGGAACCUAUUUAGUAUCCGCAUCUCUAGACGGCUAUAUAAAUAUAUGGGAAUUACAGACUGGAAAUUUUAUAGUUUCCAAAGCGAGCAGUGCAGGUGUAUUUGAAGCUUGUUGGAGUCCAAAUGGUUUAUAUAUAAGUAUGUGUAUGGCAGACAAAGCUGUCAAAAUUUUAGAUUCUCGAAAAUUAUUGGGAAGUUAGCAUUCAGCAAAUGCGUUUUAGCUUGCAGGAUGUAUAUUUUAAUGUAUUCCAGUUGUGAAGUAAGAGAGAGCUUUUAUCAAUGCGGACAUUUUAUUUAUUUGUAUACACGUACUUGUGAGAUUUUCAAAUUUGUAAUUAAUUUUUUACAAAAAUUUAGUGAAUAACGUAUGUAACUUUUUA